UCAGUGUGUGUAGGGUCCUCUCUGAGAGCAGCUGCUCACAGCACAUUCUCCUCUGCGGGAGCAUUCACUUUCCCCUCCGCCUGCUGGGCUGCAUCUUUUUCUCCCCUGCCUUUUUUCUUUCUCUUCCUGCUCUCUUUGGUUUCUCUUCCCCUCUUUCUCCCGCGCUCACUCUCUCCACUCGCACACACACACAUGCUUUCUCUGACUGUGUAGCGCUUGGCCACAUUCUUUAUGCAGUAACAGGUAGACAUCAUCUCUGUACUGCCGGCUUUUUUUUUAUGUGCGAAGUACACUGUGAGAGAAAAAGCACAGGUGGAGUAGGAGAAGAAGAAGAAGAGGGUGAUAAGAGGUGGCGGAGGAGGAAAGAGUCUUAACUUCACCUCCUGUAAUGCUUCUCUUGACACCAUGCUGCUCUGUGUGGAUUUGGUCCUCAGGGGAAAAUCCUUAAAAUGAUGGAAGACAACAAACAGCUGGCACAGAGGAUUGAUGGGGCCAUCCAGUCUGCCAGUCAGGAAGUGACCAACCUGCGCUCCGAGCUCUCUGCCACCAGCCGGAGACUGGCAGAGCUGGGUGCCAGCAGCCCCCCUGGCUUGGAGAACCACCACCAGCACAACCACCACGAUGACAGCCUCCACUACCGGGAUCCAUCCAUGCGUCACAGGCAGAAGACAGUGGUGACAGACAUGUGCUACCCAACAGAAAUAUCCAGCCUGAUGGACUUUGGCACACCAGACUGCUCGCUAGGCAAAGUGUUGCUGCGUGAAGAGGUGGUCCAGCUCCAAGAGGAGGUCCACCUGCUGAGGCAAAUGAAGGACAUGUUGACUAAAGACCUGGAGGAGACCCAGGGCGGCUGCUCUGCCAAUCUGCUUUCUGCCACAGAGCUCCGUGUGCAGCUGGGUGACAAGGAGCAGGAGCUGGACCGUGCCAAGGAGGCCUUACAAGCUAUGAAAGCUGACCGUAAGCGGCUGAAGGUGGAGAAAGCAGACUUGGCGAAUCAGAUGCAGCAGCUGUACACAACACUGGAGAGCAGAGAGGAGCAGCUGCGAGAGUUCAUACGCAACUACGACCAGCAUCGAAAGGAGAGUGAGGAUGCAGUGAAAGCCCUGGCAAAGGAGAAGGACGUGCUGGAGAGGGAGAAGUGGGACCUGAGGAGGCAGACCAAAGAAUCCACAGAGCAGGCCAACAUCCUGCGUUCUCAGCUGGAUAUGAAGGAGAACAGGAUUAAAGAACUGGAGGCCGAGCUCACAAUGGCAAAGCAGUCUCUGGCCACUCUGACUAAAGACGUACCAAAACGCCACUCGGUGGCUAUGCCAACAGAACCGGUGGUGAACGGCAGUCAGGAGUGGGUGAUGCACGCCGACCUUCCGCUCACGGCCGCCAUCCGCCAGAGCCAACAGACCCUCUACCACGGACACACCACAGACAGACAGGCUGUGGUCAGGAUCAGCCCCUGCCACUCACGUCAGCCUUCUGUGAUCUCUGAAGCCUCUGCGGCUGACGGAGACCGCUCGUCAACGCCAAGUGACAUCAACUCACCUCGUCACCGGACCCACUCCCUCUGCAAUUCUAUGGAGGACCUUGAGGACCAGAAGCGGAAGAAGAAGAAGGAAAAGAUGACACUGGGAUCCCUAUCAAGGGUGUUCGCUCGGGGCAAGCAGCGCAAGUCACUGGAUCCCGGCUUGUUUGAUGGUACAGCCACCCCUGAUUAUUACAUAGAGGAGGAUGCCGACUGGUGAUGCUGAGUGUGUGAGUGCAUGUGUGUGUUGAGUUUUUGUAGAUAUCCUCUUGGCUUUAACUGUGAGUGAAGACUGUUUUGUCUGUGGAUUUAUCUGGAGGCGAAGGAUGUUGAAUUUUAAAGAAAAGCCCUUAAAGUCACUGCUAUCACCAUAAAUGUACAGUAUAUUGCCCUAAAAUUGUAUGUUUGUAAAUUAGAUAUAUAUUUAUAGUUGUACAUGUAUGCAUAUGUAUAUAUGUUUACAUGCAUAUAAAUAUAUAUAUAUACAUAUAUAUAUAUAUAUAUAUAUGGGUUAUUCUUUCGUGUAGACAUGUUUAUGCUGUAUUAUCAUAAUUGUCUUAAUGUUUUAUGCUUUUUUUUAUAUAACUGGAGACUUGAAGUACUGCUGUUCAUAUGUAAAUAGGAGCUAUUGUGAAACUAGUGUUUUACUGUAAAUGCCAUUUGUUUUUUGUUACUUUUACAGUUGCUUUUUUCAUACUUUGCAACAUUUAUUUCCAUAUUAUUCACAGUCUUGCAGGCCCAAAUCUUACUAUGAAAGGAUAGAAAUGAUAAAUUACUAGACUUUAAUUAACUGGCCCAGAUUUUUCUUCCUUUUUUGUUUUUUUUAGUUUCCCGUUGGUUUGAAAACACUAGUUUGAGAGGUAUUUCUGUUACAGGAUUGUCAUCACGUUCCUAUAAAUGCUGGCUCGCAGUAAUUUAUUCACAGCACUGUGGGCACCAGGGAAGUUUUUUUGCGGAUAUUUUGUAAUCUUGUAAUCAUUUUAAUAAUGCUCUCGUACUGGCCAUCGAGGGUUUGUAGAGUCAGCCUCACCUCUCUCACCUGCUGUCAAAACCAUGUGCAAGUGCCAAAGUUUAACGACUCAGUCACUCCGUCACUGUUAGCACUAGCCUCGUAACAUUGUUUAUGUCUGACUCAUUUCUUACAGAGAGCUAUCUAACAUGUGCCUAUACGAGAUGAACGAAUGUGCAUUAAACACGUGCAUGAUCCCUCUGUGUUGCUUCGGUUAGACAUCCAUUCAUUGCCAACCAAAUUAAUAAUCUCUGAAAUCCUGUGUUGCUUCUGUGUAGCCCUACCCAUUUUUACCAGGUUAUCUUUUCCUUGCAUUUUGAAUGCAUGGUCCUCCCCUUAUUUUGCUGUUUUGUUUUUUAUAUUUGUAUAGAAUCCCUCCUCAUUUUAUAAUUUUCUUUUUUUUUUCUUUUUUUUUUUCUUUUUUGCAAAUGUGGCUCUAACAAAUCUGUUAAAUGUUUGUAAUUUAGAAAAUGUUGCAUAAAAGAUUAAAUCUAUUGAAGUAUUUUAUUUAAAAAAAAAAAAUGAGACAAACAAGAAGUGACUUCAAAUAUUUAUCUGCUGCAGCUGUCGCAGCCAGAUGUCGAGGAGGUUUUAGCAUUUUCAAAGUGAAUUAUAAUUGAAAUGAAAUCUUAUUUUAAAAAUAAAACCACUAACUGAAUAAA